AUGAUGAAUCAACAAUCUUGGAUUCUAUGGCUUUGGAUGCUAUUUGGUAUCUCCAUGUCCACUAAACCUCUGCUUAUUAACUUUGGUGAUUCAAAUUCCGACACAGGAGGAGUGCUCGCCGGUGCAGGACUUCCCAUUGCCCUUCCACAUGGCAUUACUUUCUUUCACAGAGGCACCGGCCGUUUUGGUGAUGGCCGACUCAUUCUUGACUUUUUCUGUGAACAUCUCAACUUGAGUUAUUUUUGCCCAUAUCUGGAUUCAUUGGCACCAAAUUUCACAAGUGGUGUAAAUUUUGCAGUAGCUGGGGCGAUGACACUGCCACAGUUCGUUCCUUUUCAGCUUGAUGUUCAAGUUCACCAAUUCGCACACUUCAAGAAUCACUCACUUGAACUCCUCCUGUCACUUGGUGGUUCUGGGAACUUUAUCAACCAAGAUGGAUUCCAUAGCGCUCUUUACAUGAUAGAUAUCGGACAAAACGAUCUGCUGGUUGCACUCUAUGCAUCGAAUCUGAGUUAUGCACCUGUGGCAGCCAAAGUUCCAUCUUUUAUUGCUGAAAUUAAACUAGCUAUUCAAAAUUUAUACGAAUCUGGUGGGAGAAAGUUCUGGAUACACAAUACAGGGCCAUUGGGUUGUGCUCCUAAAGAGCUUGCAUUACAUGUACACAAUGAAACUGAUGUCGACAGAAUUGGAUGCUUUCGCGUCCACAAUGAGUUGGCCAAACUUUUCAACAAAGGGUUACAUAGAAUGUGCAUCGAGUUGAGACGGGCAUUGCAAGAUGCAGCCAUCGUGUAUGUCGAUAUCUACACCAUCAAAUACAAUCUCUUUGCCAACCCCUCAAAAUAUGGUUUUGUAGAACCAUUUAAGGGAUGCUGUGGGUCUGGAGGGCCUCCAAAUAAUUACAAUGUGAAAGCGACAUGCGGUCAACCAGGCUACGACAUAUGCAGAAAUGUAACAUCAGCCAUAGUCUGGGAUGGUGUUCAUUACACAGAAGCUGCAAACAGACAUGCAGUCAUUAAAACUAGACGGCUUUUGGUGAAAUUGUAUUUUUACUAUUUACCAUUGAAAGAAUGCAGAUUUUAG